AUGUAUUCAUGUUUUGUUGAUUCAUCUUCAUUAUUUAAUGAAGUACAAGAAUAUUAUCGAAUGGUAAUUCCAACACGUUUAUCAUCAGAUAGUUAUAGAAGAAAUAAAACAUUAUUUAUUAUUAUGAGAAAAUAUGAUUUAACAUUAAAUGAAUAUAUACAAUUAAAUAAACCAAAUAAUUAUCAACGUUUAUUAUUUUUUGCACAAUUACUUGAAACAUUAUUAUAUUUAAAUAAACAUUCAAUUGUUCAUAGAGAUUUAAAAAGUGAUAAUUUACUUAUAUGUAAUACAACAAAUCUGAUCUAUGGGCAAGUGGAACUUUAUGUUAUGAAUUUUUGUCUCAAUCAAAUUCAUUUUUUUUAUGGUACACUUCAACAAGAAAAUUAUGAUAAUGAAAAUUUACUAUCAAUUUCAUUAAUAACAUCUUCAAUUAUUGAACGACUUGUUCAUUCAAUGUAUCGAAAAAAUUCAGAAAAAAGUAUUUUAGGAUAUUAA